AUGAAAAUUUUGGUGCUUUGCUUAAUAGCUUUAGCUAUUGCAGAUAAAUUUGAUCAAUUUAGAGCAUUUGAUGAAGAUGAAUUUGGUAGAACAUUAAUUGAUACUCUAUAAAUGCAAAUGAGUACAGGUGAACCAAUUGCUAGAUUCAUUGAAAUAAUGAGAAACUUAGAAACAUCAAUUGAAAAUGAAUAAAAAGAAGAUGAUAAAGCUAAUAAUGAAUAUUAAAAUUAAUGCACAGAAGAUAUUAAAAUAUUACAAUAAGAGAGUGCAAACUUAGAAAGAAGAACAGUUGAAAUCUAAUCAAUUUUAGAUGAAUUAGAACCAUUAAGAUCAUAUAAAUAAGGUUAAUAUGAUGCAAAGAAUGCAUGGAAGGUUGAAACAGAAAAGAAAUUAGCUGAUUUAGUUAAGAAAAGAGAAACAGAGAAAGCUGAAUUUGAUAAAAAGGUUGAAGAACAUGAUUAUGCAACAUUUGUUAUUGAAACAGUUAGAAGAAUGUUUUCAGAUAAAAAUUAAAGUUUUUUAUAAAUGAAUAAUGAAUCAUAAUGGUAAAAAGUUAGAGAUUACUUUAUUAAUGCUUCUGAAUAAGCAAGUAAAUAUAUAUUAUUAUUAUAUUUUUUAGAGAAAUUUGAAAUCAAAAAAAGUUAUUCUAAGAUGUUCAAUGUUUUUGCUGAAAUUACUAAUGCUGCUCAAAGUGAAGAUUUUUAGAAUUCACCUACUGUUAAUAAAAUUGUUAAUUUAUGUGAUUUAAUGCUUAAAUAAAUUGAAGAUAGUAAAGCAUUGGAAACUAAAGCAGAAUAAAAGAGAUUGAAUAUGUUCAUGUUAGAAAAGGGUAAUUUUGAUAAAGAUUUAACCAGUUUAAAUAAUGCUCUUGCUUAAUUAACAGCUGCUAUCUUAGGUUUAGAUAAUAGAAUAUAAGAUUAAAAAAGAGAUUUAAGUGAUUAUAAUGCUAGAUUGGAUGCUAAAAAUAAAUAAAGUGAAGAUAGAGGUGGUGAAUGUAGAGAAAAGGCAUAUAAUUAUUAAUUAACUAGAGAAAAGAGGUAUUUUUUAUUUUAUAAUAAUAUAAUAGAGAAUAGAAAAGAUAAUUAGUAUCUUAAAUUAUUGGUGCAUUUUCAGCUAAUUAAAGAGAUUUUGCAGAAUAUGUUAAACUUAGAGGAUAAGCUGGAGAUUUCAGAGGAAAAAACUUUUAAAUUUUGGGUAAUCCAACGGAAGAUUGAA